AAUAACUAGUUUUAAUAACAGUAAAUUCAAAUAUACUACUCGAGAGGUUAUGGUAAGAGUGUCUCUUUCCGCUUAACCAACGGUCCUGCUUAAGAAAUAUGUCCUGUGAAUAUAAUCAAUUGUGUUAAAUCCCUCGAUGGAGAACUAUGUACCUCAUCAUGGUCCUGUCCGACUUGAGGAUUAAUCUUUACGAUUGCGACAAAUAAAAUAAAAAUAAAAGUAUUAAUAUCUCACUCUAUGGUCCAUAAUUACAACAUCACAAUUCACACACACUCUUAUUCUGAACCACAGACACACAUAACUGAAACAGAAUAACACAAACACAUACACAUUCACAGAGACAAGACAAUUUGUACGAUGGCUUCUAUGGCUACUACAGGUGUUGUCAAAGUACCACGUUCUUCUUCUUCUUCUUCUUCUUCUUCUUCUUCAACAAAUGUAAGAAACAAAACCAUUCAACAAAGUCUCUCAUUCUCAUCUUCACAGUUCUCUGGCAACAAGAUUGUAACAGUUUCAGGUGGUGCAAGAAGAGUAAGGUGCACUCGCAAGCAUGUGAUUGUUACUCCUAAGGCAGUUUCUGAUUCACAGAAUUCACAGACUUGCCUUGAUCCUGAUGCUAGCAGAAGUGUACUUGGAAUUAUACUUGGAGGCGGCGCUGGUACUCGUCUUUAUCCACUCACCAAGAAGAGAGCAAAACCAGCCGUUCCUCUUGGAGCUAACUAUAGACUCAUUGAUAUUCCUGUUAGCAACUGCUUAAAUAGCAACAUAUCUAAGAUCUAUGUUCUUACUCAAUUCAAUUCUGCAUCCCUCAACCGACAUCUUUCUCGUGCUUAUGCAAGCAACCUUGGUGGCUACAAAAAUGAAGGUUUUGUUGAGGUUCUUGCUGCUCAGCAAAGUCCUGAGAAUCCUAAUUGGUUCCAGGGUACUGCAGAUGCUGUGAGGCAAUACUUAUGGUUGUUUGAAGAACACAAUGUUUUGGAGUACUUAAUUCUAGCUGGUGACCAUUUGUAUCGAAUGGAUUAUGAGAAAUUUAUCCAAGCACACAGGGAAACUGAUGCUGAUAUCACUGUGGCUGCAUUGCCAAUGGACGAAAAGCGUGCCACUGCUUUCGGUCUUAUGAAGAUCGAUGAAGAGGGGCGUAUAAUUGAGUUUGCAGAAAAGCCACAAGGAGACCAGUUGAAAGCUAUGAAGGUUGAUACUACCAUUUUGGGUCUUGAUGAUGAAAGAGCAAAGGAAUUGCCUUUUAUUGCUAGCAUGGGUAUAUAUGUUAUCAGCAAAAAUGUGAUGUUAGACCUACUUCGCGAGAAGUUUCCUGGUGCAAAUGACUUUGGAAGUGAAGUGAUUCCUGGUGCUACUUCCAUCGGAAUGAGAGUGCAAGCUUACUUAUAUGAUGGUUACUGGGAAGACAUUGGUACCAUUGAGGCUUUCUAUAAUGCAAAUCUCGGAAUCACCAAAAAGCCGGUGCCUGACUUCAGUUUCUAUGACCGUUCAUCUCCAAUUUACACGCAACCACGAUAUUUACCUCCAUCUAAGAUGCUUGAUGCUGAUAUCACUGAUAGUGUUAUCGGGGAAGGAUGUGUGAUUAAGAACUGCAAAAUUUUCCAUUCUGUGGUCGGGCUGCGGUCUUGCAUAUCAGAAGGUGCAAUUAUUGAAGACACUUUGUUGAUGGGGGCAGAUUAUUACGAGACAGAAUCUGAUAAAAGGUUUUUGGCUGCUAAAGGCAGUGUUCCAAUUGGUAUUGGCAGAAAUUCCCAUAUCAAAAGAGCAAUUGUUGACAAAAAUGCUAGAAUUGGAGAAAAUGUGAAGAUAAUUAACACUGACAAUGUUCAAGAAGCUGCAAGGGAAACCGAAGGUUAUUUCAUUAAAAGCGGGAUCGUUACAGUAAUCAAGGAUGCGUUAAUUCCUAGUGGAACUGUCAUAUAGAAGACUAAUGCAUGUUUGGUCUCGCGGUGAUUUGGUAGAAAUACAAUGAGCCACUGUGAUUUUGUAGAAACUACACUGUUAUUUUGUCAAAUCCAAUGUAAGGGGUUUAAUCUUUUGUUUCUUAAUUGUGAGUCAUACUUUGGAGUUCAUCUUCAAUGGCGAAAGGGUUUAAACAGUUCCGCUUCCACGUCUAAGAUAUGCUUUCAUCUCUAUGCUGCAUGAUAUAUUUAUUUUGGCUAGUUGCUUGUAGAUAAAUAGCUGAAGAGAGACCCUCUUUUGAGUAAUCAAAUUGUAUUUCUUACUGUAAAGUUCCUUAAUCAAUUGAAUAAAAGUUGCUUUAUUCUGCAUUGUUAA